GACUUGAUUCCAGCUCCGGCGCUAAAUAACUUUAAACUAUCAUAUCGGCGGAAAAUGAAUAGCGCAGUCGUGUACCCGGAGUUGGCGAGGGCUGCCCCGAUGGGUGGCCGUCCGGGCAGGGUCAGGAUGAACCGCGUUCAGGGCAUGCCUGCUACUCUCGCCGGCCUCGUCCUCCGCCUCUACCAGUUUGCCUUCUCCGCCAUUGCUGCCUUCCUCAUCUGCUACACCGCCGGUUUCCCCUCCGCUGCUUCUUUCCGAUUCCUCCUUGUCGCAGUUAUCUUACAUGGAUUGUGGAGCUUGUCGCUCGCUAUCGUCGAUGUAUAUGGCCUUUUGAUGAUAAGAACCUUCCGAAAUGUUCAAUUUGUCUACACAAUCGUACUUGUUGAUGCGGUGAUAUCUAGUGGGACAUUUGCUGCUGCUUGCUCAUGUUCUAGUGUUACAGCUCUCAUGAUUAUUGACCCAAAGAAAUGUGAUGCCCACCAUUGUAAAACCUUUAUAGUAGCAGCGGUGUUAGCAUUUUUUGGAUGGCUUUUUGCAUUACCAUCUUUUUUCAUUAACUUCUGGUCUCUUGCAUCUCGUUGAUGUGUAUAUGUUUGCAUUUCCGUCUUUAACUGAUUGUCCAUUCAAUUUUGGCACAUUCAUCUUAUGGUGUUAAA